AUGACCGGCAUGUUGCCAGACUGUCACGCCCAGGUCCAUCGUGCUCGGUACGAGGCUGCCAACUUCCGUUACAAAUUUGGCUAUGAAAUGCCAUGUGAUGCCAUCGCUCGUCGAAUCGGUGAAAUUAGUCAAGUGUACACCCAGUCAGCUGAAAUGCGCCCUUUGGGCUGUGCCAUGUUAGCGAUUUCUUUCGACUUGGAGCACCAAAAGCCUAUGUUAUAUAAAGUUGAUCCCAGUGGAUUUGUUGCAGGACACAAGGCAGUCGCUGUCGGAGAUAAACAAGUGCCUGCCAUGACCUUCCUAGAAAAGGAGUUACGGAAAAAAGAAAAUUAUAACUUGGAGGAAGCCAUCGAGAUUGCUUUGAAAUGUUUGUCUCACAUCCAUUCAAUGGAGUUCAAAGCAACCGAAAUAGAAAUUGGCGUAGUUUCCAAGGCGGAUCCCAUUUUCAGAAAACUCUCAGUGGACGAAAUCGAUGCGCUGCUCAACUCGAUGGCCGAAAAAGACUGA